UAGCUGUGAUUGAUUUGUGCAUAUGAGUGGCUAUGUGGGAGGUAGUGGUCUGAAAUGGGCACUCCUGCAGUACUGGAAUGUUUCGGUCGCUCUCGGGGUCCACAGCGCUCUUAUCGUUUGGUCAGACCAUUUCAGCGCAUCCAAUGCCACCCAGAGACGCAGCUUCGUCCUUGUCUCUUCCCUCGCGUGAACGGUCACUCGAAAUCAGAGCGGGUGAAUCGUGACUCAGCUGUUGGCUUUGACAGCGCAUCAGUGAUGAGCAGUGAGCUGGAAUCCAGCUCUUUUAUCGACAGCGAGGAGGAUGAGAAUGCCCACAGACUUAGCAGUUCAGCCGAGCAGAGCUCUUCAUCACACCUCAUGCGUAGACACAAACGCCGACGACGGAAGCAGAAAGUCAUCAAAAUGGACAGGUCCUCAUCCUUCAGUAGUAUUACAGACUCCACAAUGAGCCUCAACAUUAUCACUGUCACUCUCAAUAUGGAGAAGUACAACUUCUUGGGUAUCAGUAUAGUGGGUCAGAGUAAUGACAGAGGAGACGGAGGCAUCUAUAUUGGCUCUAUUAUGAAAGGUGGAGCGGUGGCGGCUGACGGCAGGAUUGAGCCUGGAGACAUGCUGUUACAGGUCAAUGACGUGAACUUUGAGAACAUGAGUAAUGAUGAUGCUGUCAGAAUUCUACGGGAGAUUGUCUCCAAACCUGGGCCAAUAAGCCUAACAGUGGCCAAAUGUUGGGACCCCUCUCCUAGAAGCUACUUCACCAUCCCUAGAGCUGAGCCGGUGAGACCCAUCGACCCUGCUGCCUGGAUCUCACACACUACUGCACUUUCUGGGCCAUACCCCCAUUAUGAGUUUGAUGACCUCCCCCUUUUAGUGUCAAAAACAGACAUGGCAACUAUAGUAAAAGUCAUGCAGUUACCAGAUUCAGGCCUGGAGAUUAGAGACCGAAUGUGGUUAAAGAUCACUAUAACCAACGCUGUCAUCGGGGCUGAUGUUGUCGACUGGUUGUUCUCACGGGUGGAGGGCUUCAAGGACCGUCGGGAUGCUAGAAAAUACGCCAGCAGUUUGUUGAAACACGGCUACCUGAGACACACAGUCAAUAAAAUCACCUUCUCGGAGCAGUGCUACUACACCUUUGGAGACCUGUGCCAAAAUAUGGCUUCUCUCAAUCUGAACGAGGGAUCUAGUGGUGGGGGCUCUGACCAGGAUGGUCUCGCUCCUCUUCCUCCACCAGGAACCAACCCCUGGCCCCUCGGCGGUCAGCCCUACCCUUACCCAGGUUACCCCACUCCUCCACCGGGCUUCCCUCCUGGAUACUCGGACCCUUGCCACAGUUUUCACAGUGGCAGUGCAGGCAGCCAACAGAGCGAAGGUAGCAGAAGCAGUGGCUCCAACCCCAGUGCUGGGAAAGGCCGGAGACCCUCCCCUCGAGAGAAAGACCAUAAGGCAACGUGCUGUGGGGGCAGUGAACCAGAAAUGGGAGCAUGGGUCGUAAGGAGGGGUGAGAGAGCACCCAGUCAGCUGAGUCAUCAAAGCCAUAGCCACUCUGCUGCCAGUCAGGCCCACUCCAGCCACAGCUACACUCACUCUGGGUACAGCCACUGCCAGUGUGUCAGCAUCUCGCAGCAUAGCCACAGCUUCACCUACAGCAAUGCCCCUUUCAUUCAGCCCAAUCAUCUGUCCUGUGCCCACAGUGAGAGAAGUCACGGCUCUUCGUACGGCCCGCCGGGUCUGCCCCCUCCCUACUGCCUCGCUCACCUCGCCCCCAAAGCGACAGCAAGCAACAGCCCACCUGGGGCACCCCCAGUCCGGGAGCUAGGAAACGUCCCCCCAGAACUCACCGCUAGUCGGCAGUCAUUUCAACACGCUAUGGGCAAUCCUUGUGAAUUUUUUGUUGAUAUUAUGUGACAGGAGAGUGCCUUCAACCCUUUCAGAGCACAAGGCCUACUUCCCGCAGUUUGCGUCAUCAACUUUUGCUACUGACGAUCCCUGCACUGAGAAUGUACAAACUGACAGCCCGAUUUAAAGCAUUUAAAGGGACAGUUCACCCAAUAAUGGAAGUUCUGCAACUUGCUCAUUUAUCCUGUUUCUUUCUUUUGUGGAA